GCGCGCCCGCCCGCCCCGCUGUCCUCCCUCCCCAUACCGCCCGCUCCACCUCUCCCCAAAUCCGAUUGCCCCCGCAACCUAGGAGCUCCGCUCCCCCACGCCUCUCGCCCCACCUCCGAUCCCUCCACGGCCUCCUCCGGCGACGCCGCCAACCGCACCACCGGUCCCCGAAUCUAGGGUUCCCCCGCGGCCGGAUCACGCCUGGAGGCCUCCGACGAUGCUGCCGUGCGCGCGGUCGGUGCUGCGGAGGAGGGGGCUGGCCCUCCUGCGCGGGUUCGCCGAGGGCGACUGCGGCAGGGGGGAGGCGCUCGCCAAUGCCAGGUGCGCGGCCACGCUGGCCGGGCUAGGUGGCAGGGUCGGGCGCUGGGCCGAUCCGCCGGCGCGCGGCGAGCCGCGCCGGUUGGGCGCGGGCUGGCCCGCGGGCGCGCAGACGAGGAGCUUCCUCGGGUGCGGCGACGGGGAGGAGGGGAGCGUCCUCUCCAAGGUCUACGAGGAGAGGCGCGUGAUGGGGUACUCGCCGGAGCAGAUGUAUGCCGUCGUCGCGGCUGUGGACCUCUACGAGGAUUUUGUGCCCUGGUGCCAGCGGUCCAGGGUUAUUAGGCGGUAUGACGACGGCUCGUUUGACGCCGAGCUCGAAAUUGGAUUCAAGUUCUUUGUCGAAAGCUAUGUCUCUCAUGUGGAGAUGGAGAAGCCCAAAUAUAUCAAGACGACUGCGUCUCAAAGUGGACUUUUCGAUCAUUUGAUAAACGUUUGGGAAUUCAAGCCUGGUCCUGUUCCUGGAACCUGUGACCUUUACUUCUUAGUCGAUUUUAAGUUUCAGUCACCCCUAUAUCGGCAGGUUGCUUCCAUGUUCUUCAAGGAAGUUGUUUCCAAGCUCGUGGGCUCAUUUAGCGAUCGAUGUUUUAGAAUUUAUGGACCUGCCGUUCCUGUGCUGGAAAAGCCUUACGGGCAUGGAAGAUAAACACAAAUAAUCCAAUUUUGAAGAAUCUCUUCAUGGUAACUUGUCUCAACUACAACAGAGGAUGACCAUGCAUAUAGUCCUCCAUUUGUGAUGUCACGGUACCAUUAGGCAAGUGGGUCUCGAGGGAAAUUGGCCAGAAUUUUCACUCUUUGGCUAUUUCUACGGAGAGAUUUUUUAUGUACGACUAGUUUACUAUCCAUGUGUAACAGCAAAAUGGCCACACACACAUACGAUUGUUUGCCUGGUCAAUCGGAAAGUGUAAUUGGCCCUGAACUAUGGGCACAAAGCGUAUAAGCAUGAUGUAUGCUUCUGAUGUUAUGCGAACGGCAGCCUUGUGACUUCCUCGCUCGUCUUUUGAGCCAUCUUCUAUUCAUUUUUGUUACAUUA